AUGGCGGGAAUCGCGGUGGACAGCGAGGCCUGGUUUUUGGAGAGAUGCCAGAAAGUCAAACUGAGCGAAUCCACCAUUCGCACCCUUGUCGAUGCGGGCUUCAAGAGCUUCGGGACCUUGGCUUUUGCUGUGUCAACCACACCGACGCAACUAGAUGAAGCCGAUGUGAAGCGUUGGAUGGGAAGCAUUUUCCCCCAUGACUUCCCGCCUGAUCAGUCCUCCAAGGUGAGACGUUUGAUGUUUGAAGCCCAGAACCUGAGCGUGGCUGACAUGAGGGCACGCGUGGAGCCUGUCGCUGACACAGCGGUGGUUCGUGCUAUGCCAAAUGCGGAGCGAUUGGCUCGCCAGGAAGCCUUGAAGAAGCGGGUCACGGGCCUCAUUCUUUCACCCGAAACCUUGCCUGCCCAUUCUGUCGUGGAUACUCUCGUCAAACAACUGGAGGAUGGAGUCCUUCAGUACUUGCCAGCAUAUCGCAUCAUCAGCCGUGCCCAAGAAGCUCAGCAGUUGAAGAAAGACCAGCAGGUGGUGGUUGAUGGCGAAGGGAACCUGAAAAUGGCUAGCAAGGCUGAGUCCGCCACUUGUGACACGCACACUGACUUGGCUUUGCGCAAUGCUUGGACUCGUCGCUCGCUGGCCUAUGAUCUUGCGGGUCUCUGCAGCUUUCAGGUUCUUGAGGAGUGGUGUCACAAAUGCUUCCUUGCUUUGAUGAGGCCUGUGCCCAGUGGUUAUUCCAAGGUAACCACUCAUCAACUCAUUGCUGCCGACCGGCACUUGUUCACGUUGGCCUCGCAUGCCCUCCUUGGAAAACUCGCCGGCGAGCCCGGCCGCGAGAAGCCUUUGGAGACCCAGAUCAGGCUAUUGUCCGAGUCCCAAGAGGUUUCGCAGUACCUAAAUGCUCUCCCUACUCCUCCUCCUUCUGCACCCUGGCCAGGCAAGCGCAAAUGGGAUGACCCAAAGGGGGGUGAGAAGGGCGAUAAAGGGAGAGGUAGGGGUAAGGGCAAGUCGUCUAAAGGUGAGGGUCGCAAGGAGUUCACGGUGCCCGACGGCUGUGUGAGCCGCGUGAACGACAAGCCUGUAUGCUUUGCCUUUAAUCAAGGAAGGUGCCGCUUUCGAGUCAACUCCAAGAACCGUUGCGGCCGUGGUUUCCACAUCUGUUGGAGAGCCGGGUGUGGUCCCGAAGCCCUUGCCGAGCAACUGCUUCGCAAGCCAACCUUGGCGGCCCUUGAUGUUUUGAGAGUUUUCGACUUGUUGCCCAGGAAUCCAUCUAAACGAGAUGCCUUCCAUCACCGGAGCUUUGGUUGCGGUGCCUGGGUGUUCGGGUCCCAGAUCGGAAUUCGUACUGACACUAAGUCUUUUCCAAAGAGCGCCGCUCUCUUUUGCCGCUAUGUUCACCAAGUGAAUCCUCAUCACACCUUUUCCAGCUUAGUCUUGCUUGAUGAUGUUCAAAGCCCGCUUCAUGUGGACUGCAAUAACGACCGCUCCUCCUGGAAUCUUGUCAUCCCCUUGACCCGGUUUCGCAAUGGCCAAAUCUGGGAAGAAUGUGAAGGCGGGGCUGACCGCUUUGAAGACGCUUCUGGCACUUUCUGGGGGCGUCUGCAUGAGGUAUCCGCAGAGCCAGUCUUGCUUCAUGCCGCAGUGAACCGCCAUGCUGUUUUGCCUUGGCAGGGCCGCAGGGUUGUGCUGAUUGCCUUCACCCCCAGGGAUAGUCCUAAGCUUCCCCCUCCCGACCGUGACUGGCUACGCUCACUUGGCUUUCGCCUACCCUCCCUCUCCGCCUUGCCCAUCCCUGGCCCACCCAAGCUCUUUCUCGAGGUGUUCUCCGGCUCUGCAACCCUGGCUCGAGUUCCCACGGUUCGCCUUGACCUUGCUUCCAGUCUGGGCCGCGAUGCCUUGUUUCGCCUGUUGAGUGACAAAAAGCCUGCCGCGGUGCACCUGGGCCCCCCUUGUGGCACCUCUUCUCGGGCCCGUGAGCGGCCCGUGCCGGCAAAGUUACAUCCCUCGGCCUCCGUGACCCUCGGCCGCUUCGGAGCGCCGACUUUCCCCUCGGCUUGCCUCACAUUGACCCUGCAAGCGAUGAUGGUUUGCGCCUGGCCGCCGCCAAUCGUCUUUAUGACCUGGUCUUUCAUGUCCUACUUUGGUGCGCUGAGCACGACUGUCCGACAGCACGCCUCGCCCAAGGUCCGCCGCUGGUUCAAUGACUUGCAUGAGAUCAUCUUCGACGCUUGUGAGCACGGUGGUGCUCGCCCAAAGUCCACCAAGCUGCUCAGCAACCGGGAUGCCUUUGGCUGCCUUCGUGCCCGCUGCAGCGGCCGUCGUGUGCAUGAACCUUGGGGCGUCAGCUGGCGCGCUGGAGGUUGGGUUUGGUCCACUCAUCUCGAGGCGCAGUAUCCUGUUGUGUUGGCUGCUCGAUGGGCCGCCUGCUUUGCGUCUGCUUGCGACGUUUCCCCUGGCCGGCCGGAAGCCCCCGACCCUCGUUUGCAGUCGCUGUCCGCCGUGGGUCGCCAAACCCGUAAGCGUAAGCCCUUGGUUUCCGAAUACAAGUUCGUGCGCAUCAUGCCGCGCGGCCAAAUUCCCCCCUCCGGUUGCAAGGUCCUCGGCGCGCCUCCCGUGCAAGGGGGUGACUCGGGGGAGGCCGCCGAAGUUCUUCCUGAAACUUCUCCAGACAGUGAGGGGCUUGGUUUGGAUAGGGGUGAGGAUUGCCAGGUUGGUUUCUACAGAGAUCCUAGUGAGUGGUUCCAGGCUGCCAAGAAAGUGUGCCACCCUCUUGACUCCGAGAACGAACUCCCAAAGGAGCUGAAGGCUUCCCUUGAGGCCAACAUGGUUGCUGAUCGCCGGGCCCUGUUUCUUCGUCGAAAACUCGCACUGAUGAAGGCAGAGAUCCUUGCCAAAAAGUUAGAACAAGACGAGAGCAAGCUUCACUCAGCUAUGCCAUCGUGGAUGCAGACUGUGAUGCAAGGCAAGAGGAUCUUACUUCUGGAGUCAUUGUUGCGACAGCACAACUUUGACGACAUGGAGGCGAUCGAGCUUCUAAAGUCGGGUGUGAGGUUGUCGGGUGUGUCCGAAUGCCCUGCGGCCUUUGAUAUCAAAGUGAAAUCUGCUACGUCUACCGAAGCGGAGCUCCGUCAAGUGGCUCCCUUGAAACGAGCAGCGUUACUUCUGGAAAAUCGUGUCUCUGACCCCGAGCUCGAACGCGAUUUGCUGAAGGUGACUAUGGACGAGGCAAAGGCUGGAUGGCUUCAGGGGCCUUUCAGCAGUGAAAAGGAAGUUUCAGAGCACUUGGGGAGGUCGGAUUGGAGUUUGAUGCGAAGGUUCGGCGUUCGACAAGGAGGCAAACUGAGGCCGAUUGACGAUGCCUGCGAUUCCGACUUGAACAGCACUUUCACCAGCACCAUGAAGCUAAAGUUACAGGACGGUGACUUUUGCAUCUCUUUGGCUAUGGAAAUUGCAAAGCGCGUAGUGGGAAAGCCGGGAGUCGUACCUAGAGAGUGGAGUGGCCGAUGCCUUGAUCUAAGUGGUGCUUACAAACAGAUGGCAGUUUGUGAGCAACAUCGGAGCUUGUGUGUUCUGCUUCUGCGUGAUGCCGAUGGCCACCCAAUCUUCUUCAUUUCUUCAGCAUUGGUUUUUGGGGCUUCAGCUUCAGUCUAUGCCUUCUUAAGAAUAGCUCGGGCCUUGAGCUUCUUAAUGAACGUCGUGCUGGAGAUCCCUCAUGCAAACUUCUUCGACGACUAUCCAAUCCUUGUGCCUUCGGAAGAUGCUGAACAGGUGGGCCUCUUAUGCACGAAGUUCCUGCACUUGUUGGGUUGGAAACAUGCCGAAAUUGGUGAGGGUCACAAAGGCCGCCCCUUUGCGAAAUCCUUUGACGUGCUGGGCUUGCAUCUCGACGUCUCUUGCAUAUCUUCAGGGAUUUUGACGGUGGCUAACAAGCUCGGCCGGGUUGAUCGACUCCUUGAGCGCCUUCGAGAGAUCCAGGAGUCAGCAGUCCUCAGCCGCCACGAGGGCCAAGUCCUUCUGGGCCUCCUGCGGUACGCGGCUGGGUUCUUCGGAGGCAGAACUUUACGUUAUGUCUGUGAGGACUUGAACGCCAUAGUGCAUCAUGGACAUCACCCUUCCCCUGUUGCGGUUAAGAUGCUUUGUCGACGCGCCAUAACUGCAUUGGAAUCGUCUAAGCCCCUCCAGCUCAAAGCAGAUAUGCCGAGUUCUCCGGUGCAUCUCUUUACAGAUGGCAGCUGGGAAAAAGGUGUGGCCGGAGUUGGGGCUGUGUUUUUCGACUCACACGAUGGAUCUGCAGAAGUUUAUGGAGGCGAGAUGCCAAAGGACAUGGUCGAGUCGCUUCAACAGACAGACGGUGAUCACUUGAUUGGACAAAUCGAAACCUACGCUGUCGUGGCCAUGCGGAUACACCUGGCUCAUCGUUUUUCAGGACGCCGGGUGAUCAUUUGGACAGACAAUGAAGGUUGUCGAUUUGGGCUCAUAAAAGGCCGUUCAAAAUCCCACACGAUGGACACUUUGAUCAGGAGCUUCGCUGCUGCCGAGGAUGCCAAUCCAAGUCACACCUGGAUAUGUCGUGUGCCGAGUUACUCGAACAUCGCCGAUGGGCCUUCUCGGGGAAAGCCUGAGGAGGCUCUGAGAAUUUCGGGAGCUGCUGCGUGUCAGUCUUUUCCAUGGAUUCGGCAAGCAUUCGAACUUACCUGA